CAAGGGGAUGUGGUCAAAACAGUGCGGGGGAGGAGCGUGGUGGAAUUAAGCCCUCUGCCCGGCCAGGGACGCUCCGCGGCGCAGGAGCUGCCGGAUCCUGCGAGGCUCCCGGGAAGAUCCAGAGCCAAACGGGGAUCACGCACAGGUUUCCCGAAGCAACGCAGUCUGAGCUGACGGGAUUGGCAUCAGCAGCAGCUGGAGAUGGCGUUGCAAUGGCUUUGGAGCUUGGUCUGGGGAAAGAUCCGGAUGGAGACUUCGAAGAGGUGAUGAUGGAAGGGGAGGACACCGUACUCCGGCUGAUCCUGGUUGGAAAAUCCGGAAGUGGGAAGAGCGCCACGGGCAACACCAUUCUCGGCCGGAAGGAGUUCAAGUCCAUCUUGGCGGCAAAAACCAUCACCCUGAAGUGCCAAAGGGGGGAGGGAAGCUGGCAGGGCAUGAAGAUCUCCGUGGUCGACACGCCCGCCAUGUUUGAUUCUGAAGAUUAUGAUGGAAUUGUGCACGAUGAGAUCAGGGCUUGCAUCGAACUCUCCCGGCCUGGCCCCCAUGCCCUGAUUUUUGUAACCCAGGUGGGACGCUUCACCGCAGAAGAUGCCGCCGCUGCAAAACGCAUCUGGGAUAUUUUUGGGGAUGAGUCUGCCAGGCACACAAUCGUCCUCUUCACCUGUGUGGAGGAUUUGGGAGGGAGCCUCCUGGAUGAGCAUGGGAGACUCCUGGACGAGUACGUCACACAGUCUGACAACAGGAGUCUGCAGGAACUGAUCCGGCAGUGUGAGAACCGCUUCUGUGGGUUCAACAACAAAUCCACGGGAGUCGAGCGGGAGAGGCAGGUCUCGAAGCUGAUGGAAAUGGUGCAGGGAAUCAUUUCCAAGAAUGGGGGGAAAUACUACAUCAACCGGCUGUACCUGGAGCCCAAUUUAUGGGACGAGCACAUCCAGAUGUUGAGAAAGCAGAAUCAAUUGGCAGAGGCAAUCAAAUACUUUGUCUGGACCUCUCGAGGAAAGAUCAUUUCAGUGGGUCGAUUUCUGUUAUCAUUCCUAGAUGUUAACAUGAAUGCAGACAGAGGUCCUCCUCAAAUUACAACCAGUACUUCUCUGACCAUUCAGAGUGCUAACAGCCCUGAAAAAACAGAUGUAUGAUAGUUUUUCACCCUUAAGACCAUUGCAACAUCCCCAGGAUCAUGCAAUCGAAAUGCUGGUGUGUAGCAACUGACUUGUCUUUAUGAUGGUUACAUCAUCCUGGGCUCACAGGAUCCCCUUUGGCGACCUUUCAAUGAGCAAAAUCCAGGGGGACGUUGGAAUUCACUGAACAACCGUGUUACUAACUUCACCCCUGCACCAAUUUGCUUAAGAGUGGUUGCAGGCAAGGUUAUAAAAUGGGCCAACCUCACUUAACGGUCUUGCUGAACCACAGAAAUGGGUUAAUUUGGUUCAGUGGUUGUAAGUUAAGGUCUUCCUGCAUCACGACUUCACAUUGCCUCCAAAUCCAGAAACGAUGUGCUUCUUUAAAUUCUGCUUUCUUCACUUGAGAAAUAAACACAGAGCUGCAGAGCUAGUGUCCUCUCCACUUCUCUUUUGCCGUUGAUUGUUGAAAUGUGUGUGGGAUUCCAUCGGAAGCAUCGUGGCGAGACAGUCGGGGAAUAUCGAGCUCUGAUGAGCUUCACAAAAUCCCAGGCUGAUGAACUCACAAAAUCCCAGGCUGAUGAACAGAUCUGUCUUGUAGGGAUGGGGAAGAAAUAGAGGCAUCUCGGAAGACCAAGAGGAACUGGGAAGUUCCUUGGAGGUCAGAGAAAACUCUUUGACUUGGCGGCGGCGGAGGUGGCCAUAGUGGCCAUCAUUAAGCUGGGGCAACCGAACCAAGAUUUUGAGCAGCAAUGGUGAUUUGGACGGAAUGUUGAAGCCGGGUGAGUGAAUACCAACUCACAGGCAAAUGAAAUUAACUUUAAUUUGGCAAAAGAUGUCCCGGCAGUGAAAUAGCGGCUAAAUUGAAUGGGGAAUGUGAAUACAGCAAGGAAAAAAUAAAACGGAAAUAUUAAGCCCUAAAGCUUGAAAAAGAAUUUGUUUUUUUGGAAUAUAAUUUGUGGAGAUACCCAAAACAGCAGGGGGGGGGGGGAACCCAUAAACGGAUUUGGAGAGGUUUGAGAAUUUUCAAAAUGUCUUUUUGUUUAUAAAAGAAAGAAUUGGGAACAAUAAUCAAAAGCCUGGUGAAGUUUCUUUUUAUUUUCCCUUUUUCCCUUCAAAUUGGAUUUGGAUUGGACUUUAAAAUGAAUAGAUUUGGAUACGAACUUUAAAUUGAAUUUUUUUGGGGGGAAAAGAAGUAAAAUGUGGUUUUAAAAAAUGGAUACUUUCGCAGCUUGUUGAUUGGAAUUGUGGACUGGAGAGACACACGCUCAGGUGGAGGGAAAAACUACAAGGAUUAACUUGUGUUUUGGGAAAAGUUGUUUUUUUUUAAGUGAUAAGACUGGUGUGAACUUUGGGGAAGAAUUUGUGUGCCUGAAGGCUGUUUGACUUUGAUAAUCAAAGAAGGUGAAAUACAACCCAGAAAAUAUAGAAUGGCACAGGGAAUAAUGGAAAUGAUGAAAAGGAUGCAAAUGUCUUUAAAAUGGGAAAUAAAGGAAAUAAUCACAAUGUCUCAUGGAAAAUUUAAAUUAGAUGGACUAGGAAAGUUCAAGUUUCAAUUUAUUACAGCCAUAGGCCAGAACAAAUAAAAAACACUCAGUAAAUAUACAAUUAAAAAUUCAAGAGUAAAAUAAUACAUAACAGAUAAAAUCUAUGAUCAAAUCCAGUUAUCAGAUGGACUAAGAACUAUGUUGGAAUAUACCCAAGAAAACAUGGAAAUUAUGAAAAAGAAGCAAGUGUUAUCGAAGAUAAAGAAAAAAAAUACUAAUUGUGAAAAAUUAAAUGAUUGUGUGGGGAGUAAUGAAGAAAAAUGAAUGAUGAUAAAAAUAGAAAGGUUGAAAAGAAAGAAAAAAAGGGGGAAGAGAAAAAAAAACAAAAAAUUUAAAUGAUUACACUGGGAUUAACAGUGGCAAAAGAAGAAUAAUUAAAAGGGGAAUAAGGAGAGUAGUUGGAAACAUAUUGCAAACUAGGAGAACAGACAAAAAUAGAGAGCAGAAAGAGACAAGGGGGAAUACAAAGUUAAAGGACCACUUUGGAAGUAACAGUGAGAAUAUAAGAACAGGGGAAAGGGGAAAGAGUAGAGUAGAUAGAAAUACAGGGCAAAUAAAGAGAGUAAAGGAUUUUAAGAGAAAGAAGAAAAAAAGGAGAAAGAAAAUAAAAUAAAAAAUAGCUGACAAUAUAUUAAAUGGUUUAAAUAUUAAUAAUGGAAUUUGAAAGUAUAAAAAGUCUUUAACUGUAAUUACGGAAUUCACUUAAAGGAUUAGAAAUGAUACGUUAUGAAGAUUAAGGGUUUUUUUUCUUUCUUGAUUAUGGUUUAUUAUAAAGAA